AUGGAUGCGGUAGAGUUUUCGAAUAAUCCACCGGCAGCAUUGUUUCGUAGGAAGAAGGAGCAGAAACGUGGUGUUACAUAUACGGUUUUAUUAGUUGGUCCUAGUGGGACGGGUAAGACUACGUUUGCGAAUAAUUUGUUGGAGUCGACAAUUUUCCCACAUCGGUACCAAACUGAGAGGGUUUAUGAGGAAAAUGCGGUGGUGAAGGUUGUUAAUCCGACCAAGGUUGUGACGUUUACUUCCAAGAGCGGUAUUCCUUCUUAUAUGUCAGCUUUUGAUGCUGCAGGGGCGCAUUUGGAGCCGGGAAUCACGAUUACAUCGACAUCUGUGGAGGUGUGCAAUGAUAGGGCUUCAGAUGACCCUCGGGACAGAAUGUGUUUAAAUUUAAUUGACACCCAUGGGAUAGGUGAGAAUUUGGACAAUGAGCUCUGCUUUGAUGAGGUUGUUGCGUAUUUAGAGCAGCAAUUUGAUUUAGUACUUGCGGAGGAAACGCGGAUUAAGAGGAAUCCGAGAUUUGAGGAUGGGCGUGUUCAUGCUGCCAUUUAUUUCAUCGAACCUACUGGUCAUGGUUUGCGCGAAUUAGAUAUUGAGAUGAUGAAGAAAUUAUCUCGUUACACAAAUGUUUUACCUAUUAUUUCGCGUGCUGAUUCUUUUACGACCGAGGAAUUGGUGAAUUUUAAAAGGGCUAUUAUGGAUGACAUAGAAUAUUUCAAUGUUCCCAUCUAUAAGUUCGAGCUGGAUGAGGAUGAAGAAGAUGAGGAUGCUAUUGCCGAAGUACGCGAUCUAGCUGAGUUGCAGCCGUUUGCAGUAGUUUGUUCCGAUAUAAAAGGUCCAAACGGAAAGUACAUGAGAUCUUAUCCUUGGGGCGAUAUUAUGAUCGAUGAUGAAAAUAUCUCCGAUUUACGUGCCUUGAAGAGCGUUCUAUUUGGAACCCAUUUGCAAGAAUUCAAAGAUACCACUCAUAAUUUGUUGUAUGAGAAUUAUCGUGCGGAGAAGCUAUCCUCUAUAUCAGAAUGGGAUACAACUAGGUCAUCCAGUAGUAGGAAUAAUACUAGUGAUGAGAGAUAUUCUGCAACACCUUCAUUAAGUAACUUUGCGUCACUGGUUACUACUGGUAACUGUAAAUCUCAGCAAUCAUUUAGCACCUUACCAAAUUCGGAUAUUCCUGCGCCAAGUACUCCAAACAUUGAUACUGAUGGGACUUCCAGGGAGGCAGACUCGCCAAUUAGAAGACUUUCUGUCACAAUCAGACGGGACAAUGAGGAAAUCAUUAGAAACAUCAAAAACUCUCCCUCCGCAACUGAUAGUGGAUCUCAAAAUAGGUCUAAACUAAGAAAUAUUUCAGAGACCCUACCAUAUGUAUUGAGACAUGAACGCAUUAUCGCAAAGCAACAAAAGUUGGAAGAAUUAGAAACACAAUCUGCCAGGGAACUGCAGAGGCGUAUUCAAGAAUUAGAAAAGAAAGCUAUGGAAUUGAAACUGAAGGAAAAGUUGUUGAAACAACAGAGGAUCAAUGGAUCGAAUACCACGAUAAACUCUGCUGUCACAGCAACCACUAGUGCUUCUACUGAGGCUGUUGCUUCGACUAUAGUAGCUGCAACUACUGAUGCUCCUAUUUCUGCAGUCACAAAUGAAACACCUGCUGGUGAUAGCUCUGUAGUGCCUCCAUCCAGUCAUGCUGGUGCGUCUGCCGAAUCAGAUUCCUUUGCUACUGCCAGCAAUUCCGGCGGCUAUGUUGCAGCUUAUAUGAAAUAA